AUGCUGCACCUCAAAUAUGAGCAUGCCAACCUGGCAUAUCUCCUCUGCUGCCAGAACGUGAUGGAUGGUGAGGCAGGAGCUUAUGGGCAGAAGACCAUUUCCCAGUUCUUGCGGCAGGAGUCCACGCCAGAGCCUUUUGGGGAUUACAGUGACUCUGACGGCUGGAAUGGGGUCUCUGUGUCCUCUCACUACCUCACAGACUGCUUGCGGCAUGAGUUCAAGCACCAAAAGGACAUCAUUCAGCGGCUGCUGCAGGGAACAUUUGGACAGGCUUUGUGCUUGGACCAUACCCGUAAAGUCGCCAGGAAAUCUGAGAUGGACAAAAGCCUGACACACAUGUACGAGGGCCUCUCAAACCACUACGGCAGGGUUGGCAUUGAGAAGGCCCAGUAUCAAUGGGUGGACAGGGAUUGCUGUGCAUCGUUCAGGGUGGCGGAGUCUCUGGCAGGGGAACAUUUGACCUGGGACUCGUGGACAACAACAGAUGCCAUUGUUACUGAGGCCACUUCAGGGAACAUGUUAAGUUCAAGUGCAUCAAGAAUACACUACAACAGUGGCAUUACCAUCAAGCUGGACUUGUUUCACUGUAUGAGAAGGUUCCUCCGUGAGUGUAUCUCUGAACAUCACCCUCUGUACAGCUCAUUUGCACAGUUCCUGUCAGCUGCCUUCUCUGUGGUGGACCAGGAUGACCUGCAGAGGCUUAAAGAUGCAUAUGACUUCUGUGGCAUCCAGCCUGCAAAUCCCACCAAUCAGCACAUCCGUGAGCACUGCAGGGUGAAGAUUCCUCAGCCCAGGGAGCUGAUCCAGAGAGUAGAGGGGGUGUUCAAACACUUCCACAUGGCCACAGACCCAAACGGUGUCUAUCUUUUCAAACCCUCAAUGCUGAAAACCUGGAGGAUACAGAGGGUUCACAUACUCCGCGGGUGCCUCAGUGACCCAGAGGUGGAGGGAGGCAUUCUUUACCGUCAUGGAGGAACCAUCCAACUCAACCAUGUGCCAGGUGAGCCCGCCAAAGUCCCUGUCUGGAUCCCAAUCCGAGGCACCUCUCAGCAGGAGGGCUACCACUUCCACCAAGCUCAAUGGGUGACAGGAACACAAGUGUCAUCAGAGUUGUUCCAGGCUCAAGGUCUGACAGGAGUGUGCCACUGGAAUUAUCAGCGCCUGGUUGACCUGAAGCAGCCUGGUGUGCGCCUCCCACCUGUGUUUGACCCUGCUCUUAUUCACUCAUUAAACAUUGUGUCCAAACGUGUCACUGGAGAGAAGUAUCAUCAUCAGGGAAGUCAUCAGAGCGCCAGCAGCUUCCUCUCGCUGAUGGCUUUGGAUGAGAUACAAGGUGUAGCCCACAUCGUUCUCAAGGAGCCAGCGGAAAGACUUCCCCUUUUGUUCAAGUUUACGUCAUCCAGCCCAGCUGUGUCUUUGGCUCCCGGUCUUUCUGUGAAAGGCUUGGUUGAGUUCACACCAGACAGAAACGAAGAUGUCAGUGACUGCCUUCUGCUUGAUAUCGAAGAGAGGGAGACCAUAGAAAUCCUGUUAAAAGCGUUCUGUCGGACCUGUUCUUUCUCGAUGGACCCAAUGAUUGACUUUGGCUGUGUUGCAACCAGCAGUCAGGUGAUCUGGAAACAUCACCCUGUGACCAAUCAUGGAUCAGCACCAGGGAUGUUCCAGGUGCAGUACAGUGGAGAUCCUGCAGUCACAUUCUCGCCCUGUAGUGGAGUCAUAGCGCCUGGCGCCACCCAGUGGCUGAAAGUUGACCUGCGCACAGACAGACCGAGGCAGAUUCACGAGAAGGCUUUGGUGAAACUCCAGAAUGGUUCCAGUGUAGCUCUCAGUGUCAAGGCUGAAAUGGUGGACCAACACCUUGAAGUCUUUGACACCCAGGGAGUUCCACUAUCCUGUGUAUGGUUUGGACCGGUCUACUUUGGGACAUCCCGUGUAGAGAAUGUUGUUCUGAAGAACAGUUCACCUGAGGCCUGCGAUUGGGUCUGCUUGCUGCAGGACACUGCUGCUGGGACUGAAGCAGUGAGUGAUGCAUACUCAUCGUCACGAAAGCAGCAGACACAUCAAAAUGCAAAGGAUAAUUCGUCCAGCCGGCAUGACUACUGUCUGUUCCUACUGUUUGAGUCAUUGAGAAGCAAACAUGGUUUCACUCACCAAAGAGGUAACAGCAGUGUGGAACUGGCAGUGAUGGGUUCUGGGCUUCCUGUGUCCCUGGUGCCCAGUCCAUCACACAGCUUUGAUUUCCACAGUUGUGUUAUCGGCGAGCGUGUGGACAUGCUGUGUGUUUUGCAGAACCUCUGCCCUCAACUUCCUGUCAACUUUCACUUCCGCAAGUUGGCACAUUUUUCCACAGAGCCCUCUACUGGCAACAUUGCCCCAGGCCAAUGCCAGGACAUAGUUUUAUCUUUCAAUGCACAACAGCAAGGAAGUUUCCAGGUGUGUCAAAAGUUGGAUGUCUUAGGUCAUGUUUGCCAGAGGGGCGACAAUAUGUCUGAAGAAGCAGCUGCACUCCAGCUUCGCACCUUCCACACCAUCAAUCUACAGCUAUCUGCUGUCUGCCACAGUGAAACCAAAGACCCUGUCCCCAAGUUAAAUCCAGGACCCACAUCGAUUCCGUGGUGUGGCGGGUGUGGCAAAGGGAAGCACCAGCGCAUACUACAGGAAAUAAAAGUGGAGGAUGAGCUGGACAUUGGAAUAGUUCCUUCUCAAGGACUUGUUCCUCCUGCACUUAAUAUCAGUGACCUAAAAUCCAUAAGACAAGAGACAAAGCCGAGUCACUCCAACAGCUCUUCAUUAGCAUCCACCUGCACUCGUCAUCUUCACAACAUCACAUCUGUCACUCGACAGGUUGUGAAUGCAAUUCCCUCUUCCAGCCAGGAGAUGGCAGACUGCAAUAGGAAUCUGACCCCUCUGGAACUCUACCAAGUCAUCAUAAACUUAUUGUUUGUGGAUUUUGGUGAGGUAUGUGUGCAGUCGGUGUGUGUCCAGAAGCUGGAGCUGAUUAAUCGUCUGUCAGCGUACGUCCUGAUCGAGCUGGAGAUAGACUGCCCUGAGCUGCAGGGCUCCUCACCGCCCUCACACAUCCUACCACCCUGCUCCCAGUCCACCCUACUGUUAACAUUUCAAAGCAACAAGCUGGGACACUUCUACAGACCUGUCCCCUACUCUGUGAACCAGCAGCACACUGGUCAAAUACUGGUCCAGGCUCAGGUUGUGCCCAUGGCACUGGAACUUUGCACCAACUUGCUGGUGCUCCGUCCCAACAAAACAUUGCUUGCCCAUUCAGGAUACCGGAGCUCAGUUACUAUUCGAAAUAAGCGUAACCACCCAGCUGAAUUCACAUGGAGACCAGCAGUCACUGAGGGAAACAUCCAGUUCUCUGUUCUACCUGUUGCAGGUACAGUGGAGGCAUACUGUGAACUGGACUGUGAGGUGGUGUGGUACCCCUCUUUCUCCUUCACUUCAGAAGGAGACUUUGACCUCUGUGUCCAUGAGGGGAACACGCAGCGUCUUCACUGUAUUGCAAAGGUUAAACCCACUAGUGUUCACUUAGCAGAGGAAAGAUUGAUAUUUGGAUCUGUGCCUGUCAGUAUGCCUUCUGUCAGGACUGCAAUCUUACAGAACACAGGACAGAACCACUCUUACUAUCAGGUUCUUGACGUGUGCCCAAUGCCUGGCAUGACGGUAAGUUCACCUACAGGCGUGGUGCCCUGUGGUGGACAGGCUGAACUCCAAAUCCACUUCAGCCCGGACUCUGCCAUCAAGUUUGACACCAAAAUUGAGAUUGCUCUGAAGAACAUGAAGUCCAUUGAGCUUCGAGUGGGCGGAUCUGUGGAGCCUCUGAAUCUACACAUUAAUGCUUCCCACUUCCACUUCUCUGGGGUACAUGUUGGUUCUCGGCGAGCGAUACCGUUCUCUUUGACAAACCGAGCAUCAGCAGCAGCCCAACUGACCUUUGAUCUUUCACAGUAUCCAGACUUUGCACUUCAGCAUCCACAGGCCUCAGCAGAAACAGAGCAGCAGAUACAGGGAGUGGCUCUUGUGGAGGUCCAGGGUCACCACAUCCCAGCUUUGGUAUCACUGUCUGAUGUUUACUCUGAGAUGGUUGAGCUGAAAUCGGUGUGUGAAGAGAGUGUGGGUUGGUGGUUUGAUUGCGAUCCACAAGGAUGUGACACUGAAGGAAAUUUACUCACUGUGUUCCCAUCAUCUGGGGUUCUGGCACCUGGUCAGUGUGUUUGUUUGGCUGUCAGCAUCAGGACUCAGGCUUGUAGUACAGUGUCUGCCAGAGUGACCAAACUGUCACUCCCACUUUACCUGGGCAACAAAGAACAGCAGCAAAUAGGAGCAGAGGAAGGACAUGAGCCAUAUCGAGAGCUGUCAGUUUCUGUCACCGUUCUGCGCCCAAGUAUCACCUUCCACCCUCCUGAUCUCAUCCUCACACCAGUACCUCUGGUGACUGAAACAACAGCCACAGUGACCUUACUCGCUGUGGGAUAUCCUGGUGGAACCACAGUAUCAGCAGAAGUGGAUCUAAAGGAUGGGUCAAAGGCAGAGCUUGUAUCUGUCAUCUUUCUGCAAGGCAACACCAUCCCGGCACAGAAACACUCAGCAGGCUUCCAGGACCAGGAAACCAAUGAGACCUCUUUAAUGUGCAGUGUGACCUUCUCCUCUGCUGUACCUCUGUCCAUGUGCACAUACAUCACCUUCACUGACCACCUUCACAACAGGUUCCAGAUGAAGGUGUAUGCUGUAGCUGACAACUGUUUGCUAACAGUCUGGCCAUUCAUGGCCCUCCUCCACUCCCACCAACAAAUAGUUCUUCACACUGGUACUGCAUUGCUAACAUACAAAGAACACAUCUACCUGCUUUUUACUGGCAGUCUGAACAUGGCCAUAGAGUGGAAAUGGGUCAAGGAACACAUUUGGUCUGUAUUUGAUAUGCUUCAUCACCUGACUGGAAAACAGAUUCCUGAUAUUCCUCACAGCUGUACCUUUUCCAGAGAUAUAGACCAGCGUACUAAUCAGCUGCAACAGCAGUUUGAAGCAAUGCUUGCUUUUCUGAGCAUACAGGGAGGCUGUCUGUGUCACAUCAAACCAGCGUAUUUACUGGACAGAGAAGAGUUCUAUCACUGGUGCUCCCUCCAGCCAAUUCUCAUUUCAUUUCUCAUUUGUGUCCACCUGUACGGGAGGUUGCCUCAGUACCUGCCAGUGCGCACCAUCACUUUGUCAGGAGGCUUGCACAGCACCUUUAUCAAGAAGGUGCUGCUGAAAAACCCAUCCCUUAAAGCUGUAAAAUAUCAGGCCUUCAUUUUAGGAGAGGACCCCCAGCUCUUCUCCCUCCCUGAUGGAUCUGCUGUUACUAUUCCCCCAAAUACAAGCAUUGAACUGACCAUCCAAUAUAGCCGCUCCUUCCUGCAGCCCAUGGAAGCAGUACUUCUGCUUGUCUCCAGCUCUGUUUUUGGCCUGUGUGGGACCACUCUCACCUUCAAUCUAAAGACCCACAUCAGUGACAUCAUACCCACAAAAACUGUAGAGUGCAAGUGUCCGUGCUAUCAGCUGAAACUGAUCCAGCUCCCAGUAAUGAACCAUUUCAACAAGAAAGCUAGCUUCAGGGUGAUUCUGCUGGAAUCAAUAUUCAAUCCACUGGAACCUGAAAAACCUGCAAGUCUCAUUCAACAGGCUUUCUCCAAAAUAAGGUAG